AUGAAGUCUCCUGUUGUUGAGCUAGAGCUUCCCAACCAUGUGCAUGGCGCUGGAGAAAUGGAGUCUAGCCUAGAAGAACAUCAAGCUCAGCCAUUAUAUCCAAUUUCAAAUGAGGAUUACAAUGCUGUUGAGAUUCUUCUGAUGCUUGAAGACUCAAACCCAUUAGAAGUUGCAUUGAAAAGUCUCCAUUGCAUCAUAGAUGAAGCUUUGAGGCCAACCUCGGAGCAAGAAGAUGGAGUGCAUGCAAAACCAGAAGCUCCAAAUCAGAACCCUAGAAAGCGACGUGGCUAA